UUUUAAAGGAAAAAAGCAGUACCAAACGGUUAAACUCAUGAGAUGCCUAUAUAAAAGAAUGUUAUUCAUUGUUUUUAAAGCAUUAAUUAUUGUUCAUUUCCCUUAUUGCUCGCAGAAACAUCUUGCAUUUGUUGUUUUUCAUAUUUGGGGAAGAACUACGCAAGGAUUUGUAUGAGAAGUAUGAAACGAGGAAUAAUUGAUUGCAGAGGUCUAUAUGUGCAAAUGUGGGCGGUGGAGUUUAUGCAUUUUCUAGCACCUGUUUGGCAUGGGGAGCACAUUCUUGCUUUGGUUUGCACCUGUUGCAGGGACAAAUAUUGCAGAUCCCCAGCUGGUGCAAGAGAUACUCUCUCUGAGGUCUGAUGAUUAUGAGAAAAUUGAGGCCAAUAAUGCUCUGAAGAAAUUGGAAGGUGAAGAGUUACUGGACUUGAAAGGCGAGAAAUAUGGGCUCAGCACAGAAGAAUCAUUAAUCCUGCUUUUCACAUGGAAAAUAUCAAAGUAAGACACAAUUUUAUAGAAUUUUUCAUCAGUUAUUUGUUGGGCAUUACUAGAUCUAGGUAUUAGACUACAAUAGAUGUUCUCGUAUCAACCCACAUAUAUGAGCUCUAUAUAUGUCUUAAUAUAUUUGCCCAGUUUAUUCUGAUUGCAGUUUAGUUGCCUCCAUUGUUAAUGCCAUCUUUUGAUGUCUGUGAAUAUUAACUUAAUUUCAAUUUAUACAAGCUGUUGUUUAUCUAUAA